GUUAGGCCUUCUGGAGAUUUCUUGGAAGGAGUUCUGGAAGGUCCGAGGAUCCUUUUCAUGUUCUUUCUUGAGUUUCUCUACACAGUGAGCGUUUGAGCGUUUCUUUUUCUUUUCUUUUUUUCUCUUUCCUUUAUCGAUAUCGAGUCCGAAUUCUUCGCCAUCAAGUUCCAUCUGCUUUCUGUCGUUCUCGAUUGCAAUUCAAUUUACAGCAAAAAUAUCAGGGACAAGAGCUAGACUGUUGGCGCACGCGUCGUGCAUGAUGCGUUUAUAUUUAUGCGUUUAUAUGUAUGUUGGCAGGACCGGCCGACCUUGUUGACGAUGCAGGAUCUGAUAAUAUGCGGCUACGACGUGGCCAACGGUUGCAAAUACAUGGAGGAGGCCCGAUUCAUUCAUCGAGACAUCGCUGCCAGAAACUGUCUGCUGACGUGCAAGGGGCCCGGCCGGGUAGUGAAAAUUGCCGACUUCGGCAUGGCCAAGGACAUUUACAGGAGCGACUACUACAGGAAGGGGGGCAAGGCCAUGCUGCCGAUCAAGUGGAUGCCACCGGAAAGUUUCUUGGACGGGAUAUUCACUACAAAGACCGACGUCUGGUGAGACGGGCUUACCUUUCACAUUUUUCUGAAUGAAUAAUCCUCCGCCUGUCUCCACCUAUCUACCUACUAGAUCUAUAGGUCUAUUGGCCUAUUGGCCUAUCUUGGCUAUCACAGACACGCAUGAAUUCUACACCUUCGACUUCCGGCUGUUGACCUUGACUUUUCUGACGAAAGUCGAAAUUCUCUUUGCAUUGUCUGCUCCAUUCCUCUGCUCACCUUACUUGAAAGUAAGGACCCCGACGUGAUAAAACAUCCGACGCCAAAUUUCGAUAUUUUACCAAUCUGCGAGCGCGAAGUCAGCAUCGUGAGACCAGAUCCGGAAACAGAAUGCAUCAACGUGCAGUCGGAACUGGACGCAUGUGGUUACAUGCAACCGAGAAUUAUCGAUCCGCGAUCGGCUAGUCAACGUAUGGCUCAAGUUGUUGCCGCAAGCAACAACGCCGCCAGAAACGAAAAUCCCAACCGAAUGCCAACGAAUACCAACGAAAGAAAUGUAAACGUAACAACGCAACAACCGACGGACAACCGCGUGCAAGGACAACCGUUCCAAUCGAAUGCUUAUGGCCCUGCGUCGUCCGGCAACACAUCCGAACAACAAACAACGUUUGGCGGCAACCGCGAUGAUUUCAAUCGCGAGAACGAUCAUACAGAGCAAUUUCUAUCGCUUAUCUGCGUAUCACGCGGUAGAUGCACGGACACGGAGGAUUAUUACGCAUUAAUAGCCAAUGUAGACGAAAGAGGGACGAUCGGAGAAAGUAUCGGACGAAUUCUGACGAAUUUCCAGAAGAAACGCAACGCCGACAGCUCGAACUGGGAUGAGAAAAGCGUACAUCGAACUUCAACGGACAUCGAAAAUAGUGACAAUGGAAACAACCGUCCAACAGAUAUCGAGUGUCGUCGAAGCAGCACGGCCGAGGUGACCACGGACGUGGAUAAAAGAAACGGCAACGAGAGCGUGACCACCAUCGACACCAGCAACUCGGACUCUCUGAUCGUUGCUUCCUCCGACACGCCGCCAGAUACGACGAAUUCGUCACCCAACACACGUACCUGCUCCCCUAGUCACGCUGGCCUAAACACGAGUGCCGCUACUAACGUAAAUGGAAUGUUAAAGAAAAACGCGCUAAAGGCCGCUCUCAGUUUGGAUCCGAGCGCUCUCUGCCGCGGCACCAUACCGUACGAAAAGAUAGCCUUCUCGCCACCGCCGCAGCGUUCCAGCACUCCCGGCAGUAUGGAGAUCAAGAAGCGUCGCUUAUCCCUGAAUAUUCGUUUAAUCGCAGUUCUAUGUAUGAUGGAACUAUCGUCUCUCUCUGUUCUUCACACGAAGGAUCCUUUGGGUCACGAGCUACCAAGGGAAGAGGAAUGCUCCUGCUGA